AUGUCGUUCAUGCGAGAAAUCCUGAGCAAGCUGCCUCCAGAUUUGCUGCGCUAUUGCAACACAGAAACGACUUGGCUGGGGAAAGAAGUAAAGCAAUAUGCAAAUCUGGCUGAAAUCCCACCUUUGCGAGAAGAUCCAGCAUACCAUGAAGCCAAGGAUCUCAUGCAAGAAAGGAAGUCCAAAGCAGAAGAGGCGACUUUGGAGUCUGUUCUCAAUGACCCUUUGGCUGAUUUGACUGAAGCCCAAGUUUCACAUCUCUUUCCUAAAGGUGUCGCAUUUGAAAUGCCCAUUCUACACACGGAAGAAGAGUAUGCAGAGUACUAUGUGGACAUGAUCCGGAAUCCGGGCUCCACUCGCGAAGGGUUGCACCUGGCGGAAAAGACGGUCGGUGGGCUUUAUCAGCGCUGCUAUGCCAGUAGUUGUGAGAUUCCCAUCAUCCAGGAGAUGGCCACCCGAAAUUGGUACAAGACCGACAAGUCCUUGGACGUGGGCUCUGUAACUGUGAGGAAGGUGGAUCAGCCCUUCGGCUUUGUGCCCAACGUCGGAGGUUCCAGUUUCGCUUGGUGGCCAUGGGUCUUAUUGACUUUGCUGAUCCUCGGGUGCAUCCUGUGCUUAGGAAGGCUCUUCUUCAUGCCCAAGAUGACGCCCAAGAGGAUAGGUUCUGUCAAAAAGACCGGCUGGGAUCCCAACUAUGACCUCGGAAUGAAGGGCGACAGUGAGACUGAGCCACUGAAGGUGCCCAUGAACGCCCACCGAGAUCCUUAUGAUCGGAGAGAUGUGCAAAACCUGGGGACCCUGCCGACGGGUACGGACAUCCAGAUGCCGGACAUGUCCAAGUAUCCUGGGCAGUCCAGCUUCAACGCCAGCUUCCCGCGGGCUCCGCCGCCUCCGCCCAUGGCAUAUCCAGCGCCACACAUUCCCGCGCAGCCAAGCGUCGCCCCACCCGUGACGGCGGCACCUGUGACCUAUCAGAGCCUGCAGGGAUAUCAAGGGAGUAUGCCGAUGCCGAUGACGCCCCAGUUGGUGUCGCCCCCUGCACCCAGCUAUCCCAUGGGUGAUGGCUCCUUGCUGGCCCUUUUCUUUCUGUUCAACACGUUGCUGCUCCGAGUUGGUGCCUUUCCCCGCCACACCGCGGAAACCUCGCAGUGCCACCACGACCCGCCACGCCAAUUCCAGGCCUUGUCGGGGCAGCUGGCCUCGCAAUUGGAGAACUCGGGUGCGGAAGCAUGCUGGCAGCAAGGAGUUGGGCGAGAUGAGAGUCGGGAUGAGAGGCGAUUCGCAGCUUGA